AUGGCCGUGCAGAUGUACCUUGCGCCCAGGGCCAUCAUGGCCCACAGCCUUUUCUCGGAAAUCUUCGAGCCUGCCAACAGCAUGGUCGCUGGCUGUGGCCAAGCGGUCGACCUCACCAGACCGCUCUUGUAUGGCAUCCUGGAUGCAGCGCACAGGCACCACAUCUUCGUCGUCAUGCAACAGUACCUGGACGACUUGGCCCUGCAGGUAGAAAGUGCGCGGCGGCAGGUCGUUGACCAGAUCAAGUACGUGGCAGCGCUGGUGCACGAUGGAUUCAAGCGGCUCUCGAUACCCAUCCCCGUCAAGACGGCAGCGGUGGCCUCGGACAAGGACCUCCAGACAGAAGUCGCCAGCAUCCUGGACAGCCUGGGCACCCCCAAUGCAGCGCGCCAGGCCAAGGCCAAGCAGAGGGUGGCCAAGCUUAAGGACCUAGCGAAGACGGACGCCAGAGGUGCGGCAAAGGUCUACUCAGCAGGGGCCUACUGCCAGCAGGCCUGGGAUUUGCCAGCGCACGGCAUCACGCCCACGGAGACGAAGGCUGUCAGGGCCACGGAGGCAGCGCUCCUCACAGGCGGACACAAGGCUGGGCGCUGCACGUCCACCAUCCCCCUGAUCCAGAGGGGAAUGCAAGAGGCAGUAACCCGAGCCAUCGGCGACCAGAUCAAGCAGUUCUGGCUCACCAUAGUCGGCCACCCGACGGAGCUCAAGAGGUACCAGGGAGGCUGGCUCCUGCUCUACGCCAAGCUGGACGCCCUGGAACCCAACCGCAGGUGGCAGCAGCGGCGCAGGGCGGCCAACCCCAACAAAGACGGCGACGACACCUGCGCGAGAUGCGGCGAGGCGAUAGAUACAGAGGAACACCGCUACUACGCAUGCCCUGCCAACGCAGAGACAACGCACAGCAAUGGCACCGACCUGGCGAAGAAGGCGAAAGACGCGCUGGACCAGCGGCAGGACCUGCACUUCUGGCUCCGCGGCAUCCCGCCAGCGGCCUGGGCAGCCAAGGUCCACCCAGACGAGGGCGCGGCGAAGGCGGCGCAGAUCUUCUGCACCAGCGAAGAGGCUCAAGCGGCAGCCCAGGCAGGGUACAAGGUUCGAGCAGACUACGUCUUCACGGACGGCUCAGGUGGUGCAGGGGAAACGGCCAAGGACCCCCGCCUCAGACGCGGCGGCUGGGCAGUGGUGGCCUUCAGGUUCGACGAGCAAGGACGUCCGCAGGAAGUGGCAGCCGGGCACGGCGCGAUCAGGGCACCACACGCGGUGCCACGGGCAGAGCUCACCGCCAUGAGCAAAGCCAUCGGAUACACCACGGCGGCGACGGCCAUGGGGCUCAACAUAGUCAGCGAGUGCAAGUACGCCCUGGACGCACUCAGGCAGAUCCAGGACCCUGAGGACCUGGACUACAGGAGCACGAAUUACGACCUCUGGCUCCAGACGAAGCAGCAGCUGCAGAACAGCACGGACACCAUCAUGGGCCACCAUAUCCCAAGCCACCUGAUUGAGCACCCAGCCGAGCUGGAGAGGUGGAAUGGCCCCACCUGGUGGGUCAUUGGAAAUGAGAUGGCAGACAAGUACGCAGGCUGGGGAGCGGACCAGCACGGCAACGUCGGGCUCGACUUCCAGGCGGUGCAGAUCGGCACGCAGGUUGUGCACGUCUCCCACAAGACGCAGUACACCCAUGGCUGGCUCUGGUGCGAGAAAUGUGGCGGCACCAGCUACCUUGGGGACCACAAGAACAGGAUAGUGGCAGGAGCUAAGCCAGCAGCAGACCCAGCUGAGGAGGGUCUCAACGAGAUCACCAUGCCUGGAGAUUUCAAGUUCGGCCUGAGUAACCACGAGGCGAUCGACCUGGACGGGGGCAGCUCAGAGGUCUGGGACGAUAUGGACGACUGGAUGGAGAGCUGCGUACCGUACCUCCUGGCCAUCACCAACGUGGGUGGCAGAAUGGACACGCAAGAGCAGACCAGGGCCGUCACCGUGCAGGAGCUUCAGCAGAUCAAGGACUUCUGCGAAGAGAUCUGGCGCAACACGCACCGCAAGCGACGGAGGCUCAUGACCAGAAUGCUUACCCUCCCGUACGGUACAAGGCAGCAGGUAGCAAGAGUGCACAUGGACGCGUUUCAGAACAGAAGGAACAAAAUCAUAGCGCACAGCAUUCCCAGCAGCGAGCGCAGGCCGCUGCCGAGUACAGCGGAGGCCAGCAGAGAGUGGUCACCAGAAAACCUGGACGAUGAUGACUCCACCCCAGACAGUGAAGCCCCAGAGCAGGAGGGUGAGCCGAGCGACCAGGAGAUGGAGACCAUGGCAGGACCUGAUCAGAAGAGCGCCGCCAAAAGCCUGAUGCAGACGGUCGUACAGGUGGCAAUAAAGCUGACCAAGCCAGCUGGGCCCGACCUGUUGAAGUUCGUGAGCGAAGCGGAAGAAGCUGGCCUGCUCCACCCAAGGCUUCGACACAAAAGAGAAGCUGAUCAGGACCCCGAGCAGGAGGUGGCGUGGCUCGAGAGGAACAGGAUCGAGCAGCACAUGCAGUCGCUGGCAGGCUGCUGGAUCCAGAGAGAGGGCGAACAGGGUUGGCCAUCGUGGCAGGCCGCGUGCGUGCCCCAUGUGCUGAGGGCGCUGCAGAAUGGCGUCUACCAGAGGCUGUUCAGCAACGUGUCAGGGCUGAGCCGCCAGCGCAGCCAGCGCCUAGCGGCGGAGGAGAUCUGCCGUAAGGCAUGGCUCAACAGCGGAGAGGCGCGCAGGCAGAGCCAGCAGCAGGACCCGAAGGAGGCAGAGCGGCGCAGAGCAACUGCCGAGCGGGUCCUGG